CUUCUUCCCAGACCUUCCAUCCCACCCCACUCCAAAUCUACAGAGCAGGAUCAGCUCUGGGUCAAGGCUCCAUGUUCCUUCUCUUCAUUUCAUGGAAUGCCCAAAACUCUUGACUGUUCCUGCCCCACCCCAGCUCUCAGCACCCGCUCAAGCCCCAGCACCAGGGGGGCUCCUGGAUCCCCCCUUGGUAUAAUACUGCCCCUUUUCCUUCUCAGCUCGGGGACACAAUCUAGGAAGAUGGUGGCUUUGAAGACCUGCUCUCUGCUGCUGGUGCUCCUGUUCCUGGCUGUCGGGCUGGGAGAAAAAGAAGAGGUUGAGUUCCGAUCCCAUGCUAAAUUUGCUGGCCCCCGACCACGAGGCCCAAGGUAUGCAGAGGGGACUUUCAUCAGUGAUUACAGCAUCGCCAUGGACAAGAUCCGCCAACAAGACUUUGUGAACUGGCUUCUGGCCCAGAAGGGGAAGAAGAAUGACUGGAAACACAACCUCACCCAGAGAGAGGCCCGGGCUUUGGAGCUGGCAGGACAAUCUCAGAGAAACGAGGAGAAAGAGGCACAGGGGAGCUCUUUGCCCAAGAGCCUCAGUGAUGAAGAUGUGCUGAGGGACCUUCUGAUUCAAGAGCUACUGGCCUGGAUGGCGGACCAAGCAGAGCUCUGUCGACUGAGGUCCCAGUGACCGACCUACCCCGGAGCAGGACUGGACUCUGACCUUAGCUUGCUCAGAUCCUGCUUCUGCCCUGGUCCAAAGUCUCUGAGAGAACCAAACCAAUAAAGCCUUGAGCUGAAGUAAA